AUUAUCACCGUGUUGUAAGCCAGCUAGUAUCUCUGUGGGUAAUCCCUUAGUAGACAUUCUUGUUCUAACGUUUAAUAGCCGCCAAGGGGGGAUAUAUAACGUUACUAGAAAGGUCUCGAUCCUUCCAAUUGAAUUAACGUUACCGCUAAAGCUAGCGGAUUGCGCUGCCGCUCUUACCAAGUAUGGCACCUGUCUUGGUGCUCUGGCUGGCUAUGUCCCUCAGCGGGACAUGGGCUGUGGACAAGGGCAACUUCAAGACCUGUGACCAGAGUGCCUUCUGCAAGCGUCAGCGAGCGCUGAAGCCCGGUGACUCUCCCUAUCGAGCCCUGCUGGAGACCAUGGAGCUGACAAACACCAGACUCACGCUGCAGCUCAUCAAUGACAACAAUAAGGUGCGUCUGCUGCUUGAGCUCUAUCGUCUCCAGGGAAACAUGACGAGGGUGAAGAUUAACGAGCUGAAGCCCCUGAAGCCUCGAUUUGAGGUCCCAGACGUGCUCAUCACGGAGCCGUCCACUGAGCCCCUGUCUCUCCUGUCUCAGGACGAAAAUGGAGUGGUGCUGUCCCUGGGGACGGAGUCUCAGAGGGUCAUCAUCAGCGCCCGGCCCUUCCGGUUGGACAUCAUGGAAGGCCCAGAAGUGCUGAUGUCUCUCAACUCGCGCGGCCUGCUGGCCUUUGAGCACCUGAGGAUGCGCAAGGACACUUUCUCCUAUAAAGUAACUAGCACAGUGGCUAGCGUGUGGGAUAAUAUCAAGAGGUUAUUCUCUAGUCAGGCAGAGCCGGAGGGCGAGAAGAAAGAGGAGGCUGAUCCGGCCAACCAGGCAGAGAAAGAAGAGGAAGAGAAAGUAGACGGCAUGUGGGAGGAAACCUUUAAAUCCCACUCAGACAGCAAACCUAAUGGUCCAUCUGCUAUUAGUUUAGACUUCUCCUUGCCGGGUGUGGAGCACGUCUACGGCAUUCCAGAACACGCAGAUACCCUCCGCCUUAAAACAACCGAUAAUGGCGAUCCAUAUCGCCUCUAUAACUUGGAUGUGUUCCAGUACGAGCUGUACAACCCGAUGGCCCUUUACGGCGCCGUCCCGGUCAUGUUGGCCCACAAAGCCCAGAGAACCACUGGCAUCUUCUGGCUCAAUGCUGCCGAGACCUGGGUGGAUAUCAGCUCCAACACAGCUGGAAAGACCGUGUUUGGAAAAAUGUUGGAUUACGUUCAAGGCUCGAGCGAGACUCCACAGACGGAUGUUCGUUGGAUCUCUGAAAGCGGCAUCAUUGAUGUCUUCAUCAUGCUUGGGCCCACACCCAAAGAUGUCUUCUCUCAGUAUGCCUCCCUCACAGGCACCCAGUCCUUCCCUCCCCUAGCUGCUGUGGGAUACCACCAGUGCCGCUGGAACUACAACGACCAGGAGGACGUGGCUUCAGUGGAUGCAGGCUUCGACGAGCACGACAUCCCCUACGACUACAUCUGGCUAGACAUCGAGCACACGGACGGAAAGCGCUACUUCACCUGGGAUUCACACAAGUUUGCAUCACCAAAGGAAAUGCUGCAGGCUCUCGAGGACAAGAAACGCAAGAUGGUGGCCAUUGUGGACCCUCAUAUCAAAGUAGACAGCAACUACAAGAUCCAUAAUGAAAUCCGAAAUAAGGGUUUCUACAUCAAGAACAAAGAUGGUGGAGACUAUGAGGGCUGGUGCUGGCCUGGUAGCGCCGGCUAUCCUGACUUCACUCGGCCAGACAUGAGGGCCUGGUGGGCCAGCAUGUUUGCCUACGAUCAGUACGAGGGUACCGCGGAGAACUUGUACACAUGGAACGACAUGAAUGAGCCGUCAGUCUUUAACGGGCCGGAGGUGACCAUGCACAAGGACGCUGUGCACGGAGCCUGGGAGCACCGUGACGUGCACAACCUGUAUGGCUUGUAUGUGCAAAUGGCCACAGCGGAGGGUCAGAUCCAGAGGUCAGGGGGAGUUGAGAGACCGUUUGUCCUGACCAGAGCUUUCUUUGCUGGGUCACAACGCUACGGUGCUGUGUGGACUGGAGAUAAUGCUGCUGAGUGGGACCAUCUGAAGGUGUCCAUUCCCAUGUGUCUGAGUCUGGGUCUGGUGGGAAUCUCUUUCUGUGGUGCCGACGUUGGUGGUUUCUUCAAGUCUCCGAGCACUGAGCUGCUGGUGCGUUGGUACCAGACUGGAGCCUACCAGCCAUUCUUCAGGGCCCACGCCCACCUGGACACCCCGCGCCGAGAGCCCUGGCUGUUUGGUCCGGAAAACACGGCACUGAUCCGCGACGUGGUGCGCCAGCGCUACACCCUGCUGCCCUACUGGUAUCAGCAGUUCUACCACGCAUACCGCACUGGAGAGCCCAUCAUGAGACCCUUGUGGGUGGAGUAUCCUCAGGAUCCUGCUACGUUUGCUCUGGAUGAUGAGUUCUUGAUUGGGAAGGACCUGUUGGUGCACCCAGUCACCGAGGAAGGAGCGAGGGGAGUCACCGCCUACCUACCUGGCAAAGACCAGGUUUGGUUUGACGUCCACACCUUCCAGAAGCACAACGGGGCUCAGAGCCUGUACAUCCCAGUCACCAUGAGUUCUAUCCCCGUGUUCCAGCGUGGCGGCUCUAUUAUUCCCAGGAAGAUGCGAGUUCGCAGGUCUUCCUCCUGCAUGACGCACGAUCCCUACACUUUAUACGUGGCUCUCAACCUGCAGCGAACUGCAGAAGGUGAGCUCUACAUAGAUGAUGGCCACACCUUCAACUAUGAAAAGAAGGAGUUCAUCCACAGAAGGCUGUCCUUUGCCAAGAACAUGCUCUCUUCUGUAAACCUGGCUACAGAUGCGGAGUUCUCCACCGGCUCCUGGAUUGAACGCAUUGUCAUACUGGGGGCCAGUAAGCCCAGCAAGGUUACGCUUAAGACUGCUGAUGGUCAGGAGAGCCAGCUAGAGUUUGACUUUGAUGCCUCAAUGUCGGUGCUGACGCUUCGGAAGCCCGGCGUGAACGCAGGGUUGGACUGGAACGUGAUGCUCCAGUAACCAUGGAAACGGAAGGGGAGAAACCGAUUGAAUUGAACAGGAGAGCGGGAGUGGAGAAACAGAGGAUAGCCAUCAUGGAAAGAAUAAAGGACACAAACGGAACAGUUUUAAUCCCUACACACACACACACACACACAACCUGUCAGUGGAACUGAGCCAUGGAACAUUGCUGGUUCAGUCAUACCCUAAUACAUAACAACAAAAGUUUACUGCUAGAUAGUGUUUGUCAGAUUUACAGAUACACAAUAGUUGAAAGAAAUUAUGUAAUUGUAAUGGAUCUUUUGGCAGAAAAAAAUUGAAGCACCUUUUUUUUUUUUGUUGUUGCCGAUCCAUACCGGGCAGGAAAAGAUCACUGUGAGGGAAUUUUUUUUUCGCUUUUUAAAAUGAAGGUUUGCAUCCAAAACACAUGCUCCUCCUACUGGUAAUUCCCGCUAUCUGUUUCUGACUUAAUACUCAUUCCAACUCUCUAUUAAGCCAAGCACUUCACUCAGCUGUACCUUCUGUACUCGUGCCACAGUCUAUACCUAUUGAGAGUGCUGCCAACACUCUCUGCGCUUUCAUCCUGAUGUUCUUAAUAUUUCCUCUAAAGGGGAAGAAAUCCUAUUUCUCACCAGUUCAGGCCAGUAUCAUCUAGUCGGGUCCCUCCCCGAGCUUUUCAGUGAUUAAUUCUUGGGCAAUGAAAUGAUUAGCAUCUCUUUCACGUGAUCAACUUGUUACACUGCUGCACAGAGAUUUUCAGCUGAAUAACUUCAGGGAACUGAACCACUGAUGUUUGCUGAUCUUCCUGUUGAUGUGCUUUCUUUGUUUUACUGGGUUGUUUCCCCGCUUUGUUUACUAGAUUAUUUUUAAUGCACUUGAGUGAAAACUUAAACUUGUCCAUGUGUUUUUCAAUGUCGGGAUCAUCCAGGAUUUCCAUUGUGUCAUUUGGAUCUUAAUGAUCAAAUCUAUUCCUUAAACGAGUGUUUUGCUAGCAAAUGUUAAUUUUAAAAGCCUUUUGAUUUACAUAACAAAUCAAUCCUAAAUGCACACAGAGUACUCCUAAAAUAUUCAUGUGAUUCUCUAGAGACCCUGGAUUUUCAAAUCGCUAUGAGUUUGUCCUUGAUUUGUUUUAGGUUGCUGCAACUGUCAGAUGAUGGCUUGAAUUGGUUGAAAUGUAACUGAAGGAACAGAUUCAAAGUUGCCAGAUGUACUCUUAAAAAAUAGACCAAGUAUAAAUAAAGUUGACCAAAUGUCAAA